AUGGGUAGCGAAGAGACAGUGUUCAUCCAUUCUCUUUGCAGAGGUGUGGAAACUGCUGCUGUACCUCCAGUCCAGUCUCCAGUUUCCUUUGAGGAGGUGUCCGUGCAUUUCACUGUGGCAGAGUGGGCCCUGCUGGAUCCAGACCAAAGAGAUCUCUACAAGGAGGUCAUGCUGGAGAACUAUGGGAGCGUGGCCUCUCAAAUACAUCAAAGAACACAUAAAGGAGAGAAACUGCAUAGCUGCUCAGAUUGUGGCAAGAUCUUCUCACAGAAAUCACACCUUCUUGUGCACCAAAGAGUACACACAGGAGAGAAAACUUUUGAAUGCUCAGUGUGUGGAAAGAGAUUCAGUCGCAGUGGCAAUCUUCAAAGGCAUCAAAGAACCCACACGGGGGAGAAACCUUUUGAAUGCUCAGUGUGUGGAAAGAGAUUCAGUCGCAGUGGCCAUCUUCAUACACAUCUAAGAACCCACACAGGGGAGAAACCUUUUGAAUGCUCAGAGUGUGGAAAGAGAUUCAGUCACAGUGGCCAUCUUCAUACACAUCUAAGAACCCACACAGGGGAGAAACCUUUUGAAUGCUCAGAGUGUGGAAAGAGAUUCAGACACAGUGGCAGUCUUCAACAGCAUCAAAGAACCCACACAGGGGAGAAACCUUUUGAAUGCUCAGAGUGUGGAAAGAGAUUCAGUCAGAGUGGCAGUCUUCAACAGCAUCAAAGAACCCACACAGGGGAGAAACCUUUUGAAUGCUCAGAGUGUGGAAAGAGAUUCAGUCGCAGUGGCGGUCUUCAAGAGCAUCAAAGAACCCACACAGGGGAGAAACCUUUUGAAUGCUCAGAGUGUGGAAAGAGAUUCAGUCGCAAUGGCGAUCUUCAACUGCAUCAAAGAACCCACACAGGGGAGAAACCUUUUGAAUGCUCAGAGUGUGGAAAGAAAUUCAGACACAGUGGCACUUUUCAACUGCAUCAAAGAACCCACACAGGGGAGAAACCUUUUGAAUGCUCAGAGUGUGGAAAGAGAUUCAGUCAGAGUGGCAGUCUUCAACAGCAUCAAAGAACCCACACAGGGGAGAAACCUUUUGAAUGCUCAGAGUGUGGAAAGAGAUUCAGUCACAGUGGCCAUCUUCAACUGCAUCAGAGAACCCACACAGGGGAGAAACCUUUUGAAUGCUCAGAGUGUGGAAAGAGAUUCAGUAGCAGUGGUGAUCUUCAACUGCAUCAAAGAACCCACACAGGGGAGAAACCUUUUGAAUGCUCAGAGUGUGGAAAGAGAUUCAGACACAGUGGCCAUCUUCAUACGCAUUUAAGAACCCACACGGGGGAGAAACCUUUUGAAUGCUCAGAGUGUGGAAAGAGAUUCAGUCGCAGUGGCCAUCUUCAAAGGCAUCAAAGAACCCACACAGAGGAGAAACCUUGUGAAUGCUCAGAGUGUGGAAAGAGAUUCAGUCACAGUAGCACUCUUCAACAGCAUCAAAGAACCCACACAAGGGAGAAACCUUUUGAAUGCUCAGAUUGUGGAAAGAGAUUCAGUCACAGUAGCACUCUUCAACAGCAUCAAAGAACCCACACAGGGGAGAAACCUUUUGAAUGCUCAGAGUGUGGAAAGAGAUUCAGUCAGAAUGGCACUCUUCAACAGCAUCAAAAAACCCACACAGGAGAGAAACCUUUUGAAUGCUCAGAGUGUGGAAAGAAAUUCCGUGGCAAUAGCCAUCUUCAUAUGCAUCUAAGAACCCACACAGGGGAGAAACCUUUUAAAUGCUCAGAGUGUGGAAAGAGAUUCAGUCAGAGAGGCAGUCUUCAACAGCAUCAAAGAACACACACAGAGGAAAAUCGUUUUUGA